AUGCAGCGGGAGCAAGUGCUGCAGCAGCAGCAGCAGCAGCAUGGAGAGCAGCGUGCUGCUGCUGCUGCACCCGCUGUAAUCUUUGCAGGGGCCCCCCAGCAGGGGUGCUCCCUGCAGCAGCAGCAGCAACAGCAGCAGCAACCGAGCCAGCUGGAGCACCCGCCGCAGCAUCAGCUGCUGCAUACGCAGCACAUGCAGCCGCAGCAACUGCAGCCACAGCCCCUGCAGCCGCAGCAACUGCAGCCGCAGCAGCUGCAGCAGCAGCAGCUGCAGCAGCAAAUGCAGCAGCAGCACCUGCAACCUUCUCAAGCCGUAGGAGGCCCUGCCUUCAUGCAUGAGGGGCCCCCUUGGGGGGCCCCUGCUGCUCUGGGGGCCCCCUCAGCUUUGUGUCCACCGCAGCAGCAGCAGCAGCAGCACUUGGGCUUUGGAGCUGCUGCGGGAGCCGCAGCAGCAGCACCGCAGCAGCAGCGCAGCAGCAGCGACCCCAACGCAGCUGCAGCAGCAGCACCUACAGGCUUUCCUGCUGCUCCCUAUGCGUCACCUGCUGCAGGAGCAGCAGGCAUUCCUGUGAACUCGCAGCAGCAGCAGCAGCAGCUGCUAGCAGGCCGGCGCAUGCAGGCAUACGCUCCGCUGCCGGCUCACGCUGCUGCUGCUGCUGCAGACCCUGCAGCAGCAGCAGCAGCAGCACCAGGAUCAGUACGCUACGCAGCGCCUCCGGGGGCCCCCAGGGGCCCCUACGGGUGCAGCCCCAGCCCAAACCCUUAUUACUUGAGGGCUCCCGGGGCUGCGGGCCCUUACCCUGCUGCUGCUGCUGCUGCUGCUGCUCCAGGGUUUGCUGCCUUUGGGGGGCCCCAGCAGCAGCCGCAGCAGCAGCAGGCACACCUCAUGACGGCACAGAUGCAACAGCAGCAGAUGCAGCAGCAGCAGAUGCAGCAGCAGCAGCAGAUGCAGCAGCAGCAGAUGCAGCAGCAGCAGAUGCAGCAGCAAACCAUGCUGCACUGGCAGCAGCAGCAGCAACAGCAGCAGCAGCAGCGUAGUAGUCAUUCGGGCGGGUGGGGGGUGGGGCAGGGGCCGCAGCAGCAGCCGCCCCCUCGGCAGCAACUGCAGCAGCAGCCACUGCAGCAGCAGCAGCUGCAGCAGCAGCAGGAGCUGCUGUACCCUUCAGCCCCGCAGGCAGCAGCAACGGCCCCGCGAAUGCACGCGGGGCAGCAGCAGGCGGCGCCUGCUGCGUCGAGUCACCGCAGCAGCAGCAGCAGCAGCAGCCACUGCAGCAUCAGCAGCAGCAGCAGCAGACGGUCGCUGGCGAUGGACGUGCCGCAGCAACCCGGGCCGCUGCUGCAGCGCUGCCACGGCUCGCUGCUGCAGCAGGAAGCAGCAUGGAUGGCCCGGGACUUUUAUUACGAAAGGCGGUGGCGGCAGCAGCUGCUGCUGCGGCUCAGCAGCAGCGCCACUGCAGCAGCAAGAGUCAAGCGCCUGCGGCAGCAGCAGGAAGACAGGCGCGUUCUUGCUGCUCCCUGGGCAGCAGCAGUUGAGACGCUCUACAUAGCGCUCUGUCGGCAA